GGCUGAGGAGAUCCGAGGAGAUGGAGCUGGGGGAGGGGAGCGAGGGGCUCUGAAGAGAUAUGCGGUUGCAGCAUCUCGGGAGGUAUGAGCAGGAAUUUUACCCUCUAGGGCAUGAAUACUGUGCUGUUCAGUUCUGAGCUGUGCUAGCAGUACCCUUCAAAGGAAGAGCAAUGGCUGCAGCAGCAGCUUCUCACCUGAACCUGGAUGCCCUCCGGGAAGUGCUAGAAUGCCCCAUCUGCAUGGAGUCCUUCACAGAAGAGCAGCUGCGUCCCAAGCUCCUGCACUGUGGCCAUACCAUCUGCCGCCAGUGCCUGGAGAAGCUAUUGGCCAGUAGCAUCAAUGGUGUCCGCUGUCCCUUUUGCAGCAAGAUUACCCGCAUAACCAGCUUGACCCAGCUGACAGACAAUCUGACAGUGCUAAAGAUCAUUGAUACAGCUGGGCUCAGUGAGGCUGUGGGGCUGCUCAUGUGUCGGUCCUGUGGGCGGCGUCUGCCCCGGCAGUUCUGCCGGAGCUGUGGUUUGGUGUUAUGUGAGCCCUGCCGGGAGGCAGACCAUCAGCCUCCUGGCCACUGUACACUCCCUGUCAAAGAAGCUGCUGAGGAGCGGCGUCGGGACUUUGGAGAGAAGUUGACUCGUCUGCGGGAACUUAUGGGGGAGCUGCAGCGGCGGAAGGUAGCCUUGGAAGGUGUCUCCAAGGACCUUCAGGCAAGGUAUAAAGCAGUUCUCCAGGAGUAUGGACACGAGGAACGCAGGGUCCAGGAUGAGCUGGCUCGCUCUCGGAAGUUCUUCACGGGCUCUUUGGCUGAAGUUGAGAAGUCCAAUAGUCAAGUGGUAGAGGAGCAGAGUUACCUUCUUAACAUUGCAGAGGUGCAGGCUGUGUCUCGCUGUGACUACUUCCUGGCCAAGAUCAAGCAAGCAGAUGUAGCACUACUGGAGGAGACAGCUGAUGAGGAGGAGCCAGAGCUCACUGCCAGCUUACCUCGAGAGCUCACCCUGCAAGAUGUGGAGCUCCUUAAGGUAGGUCACGUUGGCCCCCUCCAAAUUGGGCAAGCUGUUAAGAAGCCCCGGACAGUUAACAUGGAAGAUUCCUGGGCCAUGGAGGCGGCAGCCUCUGCUGCUUCUACCUCUGUUACAUUUAGAGAGAUGGACAUGAGCCCGGAGGAAGUGGUUGCCAGCCCUAGGGCCUCACCUGCUAAACAGCGGGGUCCUGAGGCAGCCUCCAAUAUCCAGCAGUGCCUCUUUCUCAAGAAGAUGGGGGCCAAAGGCAGCACUCCAGGAAUGUUCAAUCUACCAGUCAGUCUCUACGUGACCAGUCAAGGUGAAGUGCUAGUUGCUGACCGUGGUAACUAUCGUAUACAAGUCUUUACCCGCAAAGGCUUUUUGAAGGAAAUCCGCCGCAGCCCCAGUGGCAUUGAUAGCUUUGUGCUAAGCUUUCUUGGGGCGGAUCUACCCAACCUCACUCCUCUCUCAGUGGCAAUGAACUGCCAGGGGCUGAUUGGUGUGACCGACAGCUAUGAUAACUCCCUCAAGGUAUAUACCUUGGAUGGCCACUGUGUGGCCUGUCAUAGGAGCCAGCUGAGCAAACCAUGGGGUAUCACAGCCCUACCAUCUGGCCAGUUUGUAGUAACCGAUGUGGAAGGUGGAAAGCUUUGGUGUUUCACAGUUGAUCGAGGAUCAGGGGUGGUCAAAUACAGCUGCCUGUGCAGUGCUGUGCGGCCCAAAUUUGUCACCUGUGAUGCUGAGGGCACCGUCUACUUCACCCAGGGCUUAGGCCUCAAUCUGGAGAAUCGACAGAAUGAGCACCACCUGGAAGGUGGCUUUUCCAUUGGUUCUGUAGGCCCUGAUGGGCAGCUGGGUCGCCAGAUUAGCCACUUCUUCUCAGAGAAUGAGGAUUUCCGCUGCAUUGCUGGCAUGUGUGUGGAUGCUCGUGGUGAUCUCAUUGUGGCUGACAGUAGUCGCAAGGAAAUUCUCCAUUUUCCUAAGGGUGGGGGCUAUAGUGUCCUUAUUCGAGAGGGACUUACUUGUCCGGUGGGCAUAGCCCUCACUCCUAAGGGGCAGCUGCUGGUCUUGGACUGUUGGGAUCAUUGCAUCAAGAUCUACAGCUACCAUCUGAGAAGAUACUCCACCCCAUAGGGGAUGAGAAAUACCAUUUUCUUCUGCUUCCAAGCCAACUUCCCUUCCCUUAGUUCUUGGUUGUUAGUGGCACAUAUAGAAUAGACUCGGCAUAUGUCCUGAUUCCAGCUAGGUAGUUCUAGAACUUUAGAAGCUCUAUGUUUUAAUGUUUUUUAUUUGUUAUUUCCCCCUCCCCACUUCCCACCUAAAUGUAGAGCUUUAAAAGAUGCACUGCCCAAAUAGGACACGCAAUGUUGUUAGCUGAAGUUUGAUUAGCAAUUAGGCACUUCCAAGGCUUUAGUAGAGAACGCCACUUUAGCCCUUUGUGCCAUGUUUGAAAUUUGCCCUUGUAUUAAAUCCUUGAUUUUUUCCCGUUUUUGGCUUUGAUGCCCUUGAUCCAUUGUUUCCUUCCUAUUAUAAUGUGCUUCAUCUGUGACACUUUCUCUUCAACUCUGAUUGGAUUCACUGUGCAUGCUUCAGUGGGAUCUGCUCCACCUUUCAGUGACAUUUCAGACAUAUUCCUGUAACAUUAUGUCUCAGUCUGAUCGUCUUUACCAGUGUGAAAGCUCAUUCAUUUACUGCUACCAAAGGGGAUACACAGGCCCUUUAGGAAGCAGUACCUCUCGCCUGGAGGAUCUGUGCCAUCUUGGAUUGAGAACUGCAGAUGUGACAGAAUGGAUUGACCCUAGUUGGUUGGUAUUGACGACUUCAGCCUGGAAAUUGCUUGCCUUUUAAAGAAGCAUAAUAUGGAUUGGAAUUAUGCCAAAGCAUAGGCAGCUAGGAAUAAGCAAACAAAUGCUGAUAUAGUCAGCAAACUUGGAUAGUCUCUAGGGCUCAUCGUUUUUCAUACUACCUCUCUCUUCUGGCCUGUGUCUAAGGAAUUGUACAACAUAGGCCAGGGCCAACAAAAUGGAGAGGUGGACACAUUUUCAUGUUCAUUACUAAAACAAACAGCAAAACUGUUGGUUUGUUAUUCUGUAUUUUCCUCAAGUGAGUACAUACUAUUUGGUUUCAGGAUUUCUUUCCAUUUCUCUAUCAAGCAUUAAAUAAUUGAGAACUGUUUCUUCAUCACUGGUGUUCAUGUCUUUUAAUUAAAUACGGAAUUUUGGAGAUGAUAAAAGGGAUAACCUGCACUAUGCCAUUUUGCUUCCUUAUCUCACUGUGUUCUUUGAAAGUGUAGGUAUCUAUCCACGUCAAAAUUCAGCCAAAAGCACUGUUAUGUAACGAUAAUAACACAAAUCUUUCUCCCAAAUACAUAUGUACAGAAUCAUCCCCCAAGGUUUAGAGUCACCAAUACCCUAUUCUAAAUUGAGCUUCUGCUAUAUGUUUUUAUGUUUAUAAUUACAGCUCACAAAAAGGAAUUUAGUCUUGUUUUUGAGAUCAGAAGUGGGUGAGAGAACCUGGGAUGAGGUUCCUGAGGCUUUGGUGUUUACUAAGCAAUAUAUCUUACUCUAGGUGCAGGGCUGAUGGCAAGCCAAAGAGCAACUCCCUUGCUUUCAUGUAAACAAAAUUUGCUAAACUGAGCUGCGCAAAAUUGUUUUUAUGGUAUUAGUGUUUCUUUGGCUUGUAUCGUAAUAGCUGCCAAAGGAUAGGUAAAGAGGUCAUUAAAAUGAUGUUGAACUAG